AUGAUUAUAUGUGUUUUGAUCUUAUGCAAGGGUUGUAACUCAAGGAAAAUGAGAGAAGAUGAAGAAGAGUCCAGGGAUGAUCGUUGCAAAUCUGAGGGUCGUACCUCUAAAAGGAAGACGAGAGAAGACGAAGAAGAUGAGUCCAGGAGGAUGGCAGCAAAUCUCAUGGUCGUAACCUGAAGAGAAAGAGAAUAAAAUGAAGACGACUUUAAGAUCAAAGUGUUUUGGGAUAUUGAGAAUGUUUUUGUUCAUAAUUUACAUAAAUGUCUAGAGUCGGAGGACUGAAGACGGACAUAAUGUCUUUCUCAUCUCCGGAGACAAUGGCUUUCAAAAGGACAUUCAAUAGUUGAAUGUGGCUGGAUACACCACUAUGUUAGUGUAUUUGAAGAUAGAAAAGUCAACGUCACGCGAAGUUUUUGAAUCAAAAAUUAGUAAACAACUAAGCAUAAUGGCAGGUAACAACAUUUUCUUUUGUGUUUUGUGGAAAUUAAUGCAGUAAUUUUUGUACAAGGUUUGACCUACUUAUAAAAAGAUUGAUGACAUGUGGUUAUAAACAUUCAAGAAUAUUGGAUCGAGUUUGUUGUUCCUGACUUGGCAAGAAUCCGCUUAUGUGUUUAU